UAUAAAAUGGAAGAGAGUCAGUCACCCUUUGGCCGUCUCUCUUUCCAGCCGUUCAUUUCCGAGUUGACUCACAUCCGUUUUAAACCCAUCCCACGACGAGUCGACCCGCCGGAACUCGCUCCCCUUCCACUCAAAUUCAUGGAUCCUACUCGAAGUUUCGUCAAGAACAUCAAGCGUAUCGUCUUCAAGGUAGGAACAGCUGUUGUCACGAGGGAUGAUGGAAGAUUGGCAGUUGGUAGAGUUGGCGCUAUUUUUGAGCAACUUGAAAGACUCAAUUCUCAAGGUUAUGAAAUAAUUUUAGUGACUUCAGGAGCUGUUGGUGCUGGCCGCCAAAGGCUUAAAUACAGGAAAUUAAUCAACAGCAGUUUUGCUGAUCUCCAAAAACCACAAGUUGAACUUGAUGGGAAGGCUUGCGCAUCUGUCGGACAGAAUGGUCUCAUGGCACUUUAUGACAAUUUGUUCAGUCAGCUUGAUGUGACAUCUUCUCAACUUCUUGUGACUGAUAAUGAUUUUAAGUCCCAAGAAUUCAGAUCACAACUAUCUCAAACAGUGAAUUCGUUGUUAGCUCUGAGGAGUAUUCCUAUUUUUAAUGAAAAUGAUGCAAUAAGUACCAGGAGAGCACCAUAUGCGGAUUCUUCUGGUAUAUUUUGGGAUAACGACAGUUUGGCAUCUCUGUUGGCUCAUGAACUGAAGGCUGACCUUCUGGUCUUGCUGAGUGAUGUAGAUGGUCUUUUUAGUGGCCCUCCAAGUGAUCCACGAUCAAAGUUGAUCCAUACAUACAUAAAAGAAAAACAUGAAGGAGCAAUUACAUUUGGAGGGAAGUCCAGAGUGGGAAGAGGGGGUAUGAAUGCUAAAGUAAAAGCUGCUCUCAGUGCAGCUGAUGCUGGUGUCCCUGUUAUCAUUGCCAGUGGUUUUGUUGCUGACAACAUCAAAAGAUUCAUAAAUGGGGAACGUGUUGGUACUCUCUUCCAUAAAGAUGCACAUCUUUGGCUUCCACUUACCGAGAUUGGUUCACGUGAGAUGGCAGUUGGAGCACGUGAUUCUUCCAGAAAACUUCAGGGUCUAUCUUCACAAGAAAGGGAAAAAAUUUUGUUGAAGGUAGCUGAUGCACUGGAAGGAAAUGAAGAUAUAAUCAUGACUGAGAAUGCAGCUGAUGUUGCAAAUGCAGAGAGUAUUGGAUAUGACAAGUCAUUAGUAUCACGUUUGGCCCUGAAGCCUGGAAAGAUAGCUGCACUUGCAAAAUCUAUUCGUGUAGUUGCAGGCAUGGAAGACCCUAUUGGUUGUAUCUUGAAGCAAACAGAGAUUGCUGAUGGACUAAUCUUAGAGAAGACAUCAUGUCCUUUGGGUGUUCUGUUGGUUGUUUUCGAGUCUCGACCAGAUGCACUAGUUCAGAUAGUUUCAUUAGCAAUUCGGAGUGGGAACGGGCUCCUGCUGAAAGGAGGGAAAGAAGCCACACGCUCAAAUGCAAUCUUGCAUAAGGUAAUAACUGCAGCCAUUCCAGAUACUGUUGGUGAGAAACUUAUUGGACUCGUGACUUCAAGAGAAGAAAUGUCCGAUUUGCUCAAGCUUGAUGAUGUGAUAGAUCUCGUGAUCCCCAGAGGCAGUAAUAAACUUGUUUCUCUGGUAAAGAGUACGACAAAAAUUCCUGUUCUUGGUCAUGCAGAUGGGAUAUGUCAUGUAUAUGUUGAUAAGUCGGCUAAUAUGGACAUGGCAAAGCGCAUUAUCUUGGAUGCAAAGAUGGAUUAUCCUGCAGCUUGCAAUGCUAUGGAAACACUUCUUGUGCACCAUCAUUUGUCGACCAACGGUGAGCUCGAAAAGCUUGUUCAAGAAAUGCAAACUGAAGGUGUUACUCUAUAUGGGGGAGCAAGAGCAAGUUCUCUAUUAGGUAUUACUGAGGUAGAAUCAUUUCACCAUGAGUAUAGUUCAGGGGCCUGCACAAUUGAGAUUGUUGAUGAUGUGUAUGCUGCUAUUGCUCACAUAAAUGACCAUGGAAGUGCCCAUACCGACUGCAUUAUAACUGAGGACCAAGAAGUUGCUGAAUGCUUCCUACAGCAUGUGGAUAGCGCCGCAGUAUUUCACAAUGUCAGUACAAGAUUCUGUGAUGGAGCUCGUUUUGGACUCGGGGCAGAGGUAGGGAUCAGUACAAGUCGGAUUCAUGCACGAGGUCCAGUAGGAGUUGAAGGGCUGGUGACAACGCGAUGGAUUCUAAGAGGCAGCGGGCAGGUGGUUAACGGCGACAAAGGCGUGGAUUAUACCUUCAGAAACCUCAGUAUCAAGUGAUAGAAUUGCAUUUGGACAUAGCUAUGUCCCAACAAUUUUGGUACUUGACACCCCCACCCCCCCCCCCCCCCCCCCCCCCAAAAAAAAAAAAAAAAAAUCCCUUUUGGGCAUAUUUUGCUCAAGUUUAACCAAGUAUUAAAAUGGUCUUUAAUUCAGUUGCUUUAUUAUGCUUCAAUUUGCUACUAAUUAGUUGAAGUGUUAGCCAUAGUGCCGUGAUAACAAAGGAUUACAAUCUAAGGUAUGUUUGUUUAGUCUCUAAUCA